UGAUCAAGAUGCGGCCCAAUAUGAUGAGCAACCUUGUGCUUUGUCUUUGGUCAGUUGAGAGAGUGAGGACACGACGCUUGAUCUAGCCAGCCACAGAGACCGGUCGUGGGACGAAGCUUGCGCCUCGUUGGUUUAGAAAAUCUCCAUCGUUUCUCGAGGUCAGACCAGACUUGUCUAAAAAUGGAUUCAAGUAAAUCAGUCGUGAAGGCCCUUGAAGCAAGAGAAACUGAUGGGCAUGCCCAGAACGUCGAUGACGCUAACCUCAACGAGAACAAGCCAAAGGGAAAGAGCCAGAAAAAAAAGGGACGCAAGAAAGCGGACAGUAAAUCUAAGAAAAAACCGACAGAGGUAAAGUUUGCGAGUAUUCAAAAUAAGAUCCAGGAAGUUUUCAGAAUCUACGACCCAGACGAAACAGGUUUCUUACCUGCAAGAAACUUCGGCGGGUUAGUUCAAGCACUGCACUGUGUGCCGACCAACAACCAGUUGGAGGAUAUGAUCGAAUCGGUGCUGGAUGAAAAACAAAGUGAGUCGUUCAGCUAUGAAAAGUUCUUGAAGAUGAUGACUAAAGUCUUAAUGACUGACAGAUACCACUCCGCCACAAAGGAAGAAAUUCGCACGGCUCUUCAGAUCUUGGAUACGGAGGGCAAGGGGUAUUUCACUCCUGAUGAAAUUACAGCUUUCAUGACCGAAUCGGGUGAACCAUUCACUCCAGAUGAAGUAACCGAUAUGCUGAAACAAGUUGUAGACCCAGAGUUAAACACCUUAGUCCUAGAUCAAUACGUCGAUUUGCUUGUGGUUGAUGAGUUUACUUAUUAAUUGGACAAAAUCGCCAUUAUAAUUUAAGCUUUGAUUCAAACGAGCCAAUAAUAUCUUUUGAUAAAAAAAUUCCAAUUUUGUACUACUUACAAUACUAAAUUUUUUUAAUGUACUUACUCGUAUUUAGAUCUAGGUUUGAUACGCAUUUAGAUCUACUUUAUAAUAAAAUUUUGAAAUCUGA